UUCGCGCUUUUGGUAGAGAUCCAUAACCAUUUCCACACUGACCGUGUGAUGAUAUCCUAAGAUAAUAUUUCCCUUUCUACAUCUCUUCAAGGAUAUAAGGAUAAUAAGGAUAUAUAACAACACCAACAUGGAUCCUUACGAAGUGCCCACCAUGGAAGGCACGUCUGCACGACCAAAUCAACCCGAUCAAGUCGACCAAGCUGACCAAGUCAAGUAUGGGUCAAUCGUCCCUGGAUCGUUAGCUCGCAAACCUACCAACCCAUUGGCUCGAAGUCCUACCAAGGAAACAGUUCGAGAUCCGAACCUGGAUUUGAACUUACCCUACCGAACACUUUCCGGCGACGCAAACCUUUCGGAAUAUACCACAGAAACCCCCUCCGGUGCGAUACCCGGUCCCGUAAGACCUGAUGGAGAACGCCGGUACAAACUUGUCACCUUCACGCCGGGUGACCCUGAAAACCCGAAGAACUGGUCGAAGGCCUAUAAGUGGUAUUGUACUAUGGUCGUUGCUGCGACGUGUUUCGUCGUAGCUUUCUCGUCCAGUGUCAUCACGGCCGAUAUUGCUGGCGUGUCCGAUGAAUUCGGUGUCAGCGAAGAGGUUGCGCUUCUCAGUAUUAGUCUAUUCGUCGUAGGAUUCGGUGUUGGACCUAUGGCAUUCGCACCACUAUCUGAAAUUUACGGAAGACGUAUCAUCUACGGAACAACGCUACUGAUCGCCGUGAUUUUCAUUAUUCCCGGUGCUGUUGCGAAGAACAUCGCUACUCUCCUAGUCGCCCGAGCUAUCGAUGGCAUUGCCUUCUCCGCUCCCAUGACGCUUGUUGGCGGUACCCUCGCCGACCUUUGGAGAUCUGAAGAGAGAGGUAUUCCCAUGGCUGCUUUCUCCGCAGCCCCUUUCAUUGGUCCUGCUAUCGGUCCCCUCGUUGGUGGUUUCUUAUCUGAUGCUGCUGGCUGGCGAUGGCUUUACUGGAUUCACCUAAUCCUCGCUUUCAUCGUCUGGGUCUUAAUCACAUUCACUGUCCCCGAGACCUACGCACCCACGAUUCUAGCCAAGCGAGCCAAGAAAAUGCGCCAGGAAACUGGCUCGCCGGACUACGUUACAGAAGAAGAUAUUGAUAAGCGACCCCUUGGCGAGCGAUUAGCUAUUUUCUUGGUUCGACCCUUCCAGCUUCUGUUCGGCGAAUUAAUUGUCUUCUUGAUCAGCUUGUACAUGUCCGUCCUAUACGGUCUUCUGUACAUGUUCUUCGUCGCUUUCCCCAUCAUAUUCCAGCAAGGCAAGGGAUACUCCGCCAGUAUCACCGGUCUUAUGUUCAUUCCUCUAGCUGUCGGUGUCAUCUGCUCGGCUAUCUGCUCGCCCCUGGUCAACACACACUACCGAAAGCUCAUCUCUAAGUACAACGGUCUCCCCCCGCCGGAGCUUCGUCUUAUUCCCAUGAUGUGCUCCUGCUGGUUCAUCCCGAUCGGUCUGUUCAUCUUCGCCUGGACCUCGUACCCACGUCUCAGCUGGGUCGGUCCCGCUCUCGGUGGUUUCCCCGUCGGCUUCGGCUUCAUCUUCCUGUACAACAGCGCCAACAACUACCUCGUCGACGCGUACCAGCACCAAGCCGCCUCCGCCCUCGCGGCCAAGACCUGCAUCCGAUCGUUCUGGGGUGCCGGCGUGGUCCUGUUCACGGAGCAGAUGUACGCUCGGCUAGGCUACGAGUGGGCCAGCACCCUUCUCGCCUUCAUCUCCCUCGCCUGCUGCGGCAUCCCCUUCCUGUUCUGGACUUACGGCGAGCGCAUCCGGCAGAAGAGCAAGUACGCCUACGCCGGCGACGAGGACGAGAAGAUCGCCAACGCUUCCGAGGGCAUCGGCCCCGUCGUCCGCGAAUACGACUCCGAAGACCAGGAUCUGAGGCGCGCGAGGAGCUACGUUAGCAACCCUUGAACGCGGACCUGAUCUCAAGAACAAGAUUUCAAUAAGAGUUUUUUCGACUAGAGGUUAUAGAAUCUCGGUUAGACAUAGACAGAGUAGGUACCCAACACCUUAGAGGGUACGUAAAAAGGAGAUAUAGAUGGUAAAGUAGUUAUAUGUGCCGCCGACAUGAUUGGCGCAGGCUACUUGGAACACGAAGAAGAAGAAUACGGUUUCCGCCGCGGCC